AUGGUAGAACAAACAAACAACUACGCCCUCUAUCGGCAAAGGAGGAGCGGCAAGUCCGACCCCCACUGGCACCCCACGGACGCGAGGGAGAUGAGCGCCUACGUGGGGCUGAACAUCCUCAUGGGCAUCAACCAGCUGCCGGACGCGGGCAUGUACUGGGCCAGCGACGUCUUCAUAGGCAACGCGGGUUUCAAAAAGACAAUGACGGCCAGGCGCUUCGAGAAACUCACCCAGUAUCUCCAGCUGUGCGACCGCGAGUCGGAGCCUGUGCGGGGGGAGCGCGGGUACGACGGCCUGUUCAAAAUCCGGCCUCUCCUCGACGUGCUGGAGAACACCAUGUGGGACGCGUACGCGCCCAACCGCUGCUUGACCGUGGACAAGUGCGCCAUUGUGGCCGGGGGACGCCUCUCCCCCAGCCAGUACAUGCCCUCCGAGCCCCUGAGGAAGGGGCUGACCGUGUGGAUGCUGUGCGAUUCGCGCUCGGGCUACUGCCACCGGGCCAAGAUCUGUGUGGGCAAGCCCAGCGAGGACGAGGCGGUGGCCUCCCUGGGCUACAGGGUGGUGACCUCCCUAGUGCGUGGCCUAGAGGGUCAGUACCACCACCUCUUCAUGGACAGCUUCCUCACCUCCGUGCCCCUCCUCCAGAGGCUGCUGAGGGACGGCCUGUACGCCUGCGGGCCCACACAGCCGGGCCGCAAAGGCUACCCAGAGGUCCUCAGGCCGCGCAAUGUCGGAAAGCUGUCCCAGGGCGAGUUUUACCAGUGCCAGCGUGGCAACCUGGUCGCCACGGUGACACGGGAUGUCAAGACGGUCAGCUGCCUCUCCACCAAUUCUGCCCCGGGGAUUGUGGGCAUCAGUCCAGGUCGGCAGCAGCAUGAGACAGACGGGGAGGGGGAGAGCGACAGUAUGGACAGCUCGGGUUUGUCUUUCGGUGUCCCCCGACCUCUGCCCUUGCUGUUGUACCAGGAGAACAUGAGGGGAGUGGACCUGUGCGACCAGCUGAGGGAAUGCUACCACGUCGGCCGGCCGUGCAAGAAGUGGUGGCGCUACUUCCUGUGGUUCUACGUCAAUCUGUGCAUCGUCAACGCCUACAUCAUGCUGCGGGAGAGCCGAGGGGGCGCCCCGCCGGCGGGCUUCAACGGCAAGCAGUUCACCCAGCGCCACUUCCGCGUGCGCCUGGCACAGCAGCUGAUUGGAGACUACCAAGGGGCAAGGGGCAUGGAGCGGGCAGCGCGCAAGAGACACGCAGAUUCACCCAUAGAGUACGGACACCGCCUGGAGCGCAUGUCAGAGCGCUCCCGUCGCUGCAGGAACUGCACCAACAAGGGACUGCGACACGAAAGCGUGUUCGGCUGCAAGAUAUGCAAUGUCCACCUAUGCAGGGGAGGGUGCUUCUCUGAGUUUCAUAAAUAA